ACGUCUCGGGCAUUAGUCGCCUCGAAAAAAAAAAGUAAAUUAUUAGUCUGUGCCGCGCGUAAAAGCCCGCGUAUUUCGCGUCGUAAAUUUGAAAAAAGAAAUGGAGGACUUAUUUUUUUUUAAUGUGCAGUAAAUCAGCACGCGCACCGAAUUCAGUGAAAAUGUGGAUAAAAAAUGUGAUUUUAAAUUUCAAAUGAACGGAAGUGUCAACCUCAAGUUUUAUGUAUGAUUUAUUUAAAUCCUUGGAUACAUUUACUUUUGCUGGUGGCAAUUAAAAUGGUGCUGUGCGGGGCAGUGGCGGGCGCCGGCGACGUGACGGGGAACGCGAGCCGCGUGCGCCGCUCGCCACAGCCGCACCACGGUCACCGCGUCAUGGUGGACGAGGAGUACGACGCGAACUCGUGGAAGCGCGCGCACUGGCGCGAGAUGCAGUCGAUUCUGCGGCUGGAGAGCCCGCAGGGGGAGGUGGUGGAGUGCUGCCCCUCCGUGCUGGAGAUGGUCGCGAAAAAGGGCGGGCGCACGCCCACCGGCAUGUACGUGGAGCUAUACGAGGACGGUGAGCACAAGCAGCGGCUGUACGAGCUGUCGUGCGCGCCCGGCGUCGCCGACCGCCCGUGCCGCUUCGUCGACGGCCGCCUCUACAACCAGUCCCGCUGCGUGCAGAAGUACUCCUACUCGUACGCGCUGGUCCGCUACACGUCCGCCACGGAGCUGCCGGAGACGCCCCGACCCGCGGGACACUUCUCCGUGCCCGGCUCCGGCGGCUGGUCCAUGGACUACAUCGAGAUCCGCGCCGGCUGCGAGUGCGAGAUCAAGCCCAAGCGCAAGCACAAAAAGCGCCUCGAGCGACACAAGGGCGGCAGGAAGAAAAAGAAAUACGACGACGACGACACCUGACAGAGUGUAGUGCACCAGUGGACUAUGAACGAAUUGUGACGCCGAGCGCGUCGUGUACAAAACCUUAGUUUUAGAACGUCAUGUGAAGCGGCACCUAAAAUGUAUAUUUAACUGAACACACCGAAUUAAUAGCAGUGGAUUGAGUCACACGGUUAACAAAAUCAUUAUUAAAAUUGUUCAUUGUUCGAAAUGAAGUCUGAUAGAAUUAAAAAUUCCAAGUAGUUUCAACGAAUGAUCACUUUUACGGAACGGACGCUGAGCAAUUCAGUGCAGCGCAGCGGUAAUUCUGGUUUUCUUGUUACGCUUACAAAUUGAUGAAAUGGUUCCAUUUUUAAUAAAAAAUUCAAUUAAAUUCCAUCUAUACCUACUAGUUUUUAAAACAAAAAGCCAGACGGACAAUCCAUGACCUCAUUGACAGACGAUAGCGUUAUUUAAAUUUGAAUUAGAAUUAGAUUAUUUAAAUGUCGAAUAUUUUGUAGGUGUUUUCGUAAAGGUGCUACGUCGUUAUAGCCAUUAUGAUCAUGUUACCGAUGCCAUGUCAGGUGUACAAUGUACAUAGUAACAGUCGAUUUGUGGUCGUAGAAUACUGAGCAGGAUAAAUUAUGUAGUAAAGAAAGAUUACAAUCAAAUGCCAGUUUAAAAAUAUAUUAUAAAUAAAAAUUAAAACCAA